UUGUCAUCGUUCACUGUCUCAUGACUCAUCCCUCUAUUAUAUAAUAAUCAUAGUCAUUAUACUGUUUGCUGAGUCACUCCAUUAUUUCUCGGAAUUUCUCAGCCUCCAAGCUUUUCUCCUUCUUCCCAGUUCUCAGUUCUCAGUUCUCACUCACUUCAAGCUUUUCGUCUUCAUCAAUGGCGAUGUACACCAUCUCACGGCGGAUACAGAACGGAUCGUCGACCGUUGUCGUUUCGCGUUUCGCCACCUCUUUGAAUUUGAGAUACGCGACUUCGUUUCGAGAGGAAAGAGACACCUUUGGACCUAUCCUUGUUCCGUCCGACAAGUAUUGGGGUGCUCAAACUCAGAGAUCGUUGCAGAAUUUCGAAAUCGGAGGAGAGCGUGAGCGUAUGCCGGAGCCCAUCAUUCAGGCCUUCGGAACUCUAAAAAAAUGUGCUGCCAAGGUGAACUUGGAGUAUGGUCUUGACCCAACUAUAGGGAAAGCAAUUAUCCAGGCUGCCCAAGAAGUAGCCGAUGGCAAGCUGAAUGAUCAUUUUCCGCUUGUUGUAUGGCAGACUGGCAGUGGCACUCAAAGUAACAUGAAUGCCAAUGAGGUUAUUGCAAACAGAGCGGCUGAAAUUCUCGGCCGUAAGUGUGGGGACAAGUUUGUGCACCCAAAUGACCAUGUUAACCGGUCUCAGUCUUCUAAUGAUACAUUCCCCACUGUCAUGCACAUUGCCGCUGCAUUGGAGAUCAAUUCAAGAUUAAUACCAAAUUUGAAAACCUUGUAUAAUACUUUAGAUUCGAAGUCUAUUGAGUUCGGGGAUAUCGUUAAAAUUGGACGUACUCAUACUCAAGAUGCUACUCCGUUAACUCUCGGGCAAGAGUUCAGUGGCUAUACUACACAAGUGAAGUAUGGAAUUGACAGAAUUGUGUGCACUCUCCCUCGCCUGUAUCAGCUUGCACAGGGUGGUACUGCUGUAGGGACAGGAUUGAACACGAAGAAAGGGUUUGAUGUGAAAAUAGCUAAUGCAGUAGCUGAGGAAACAGGCUUGCCCUUCGUGACUGCAGAAAACAAGUUUGAAGCAUUGGCUGCUCAUGAUGCUUUUGUUGAAGCUAGUGGAGCCCUCAACACAGUUGCUACUUCCUUAAUGAAGAUUGCUAAUGACAUACGCUUAUUGGGAAGUGGUCCAAGAUGUGGCCUAGGUGAGCUCAUUCUUCCUGAAAACGAGCCUGGAAGCAGUAUAAUGCCUGGGAAGGUCAACCCUACUCAGUGUGAGGCUCUCACGAUGGUGUGUGCUCAGGUUAUGGGCAACCAUGUGGCCAUUACAGUUGGUGGAUCAAAUGGUCACUUUGAGCUUAAUGUAUUCAAGCCAUUAAUUGCUAACGGUCUCUUGCAUUCAGUGAGAUUGCUUGGGGAUGCCUCUGCUUCAUUUGAAAAGAAUUGUGUCCGAGGAAUUCAAGCUAAUAGGGAGAGAAUUGCGAAAUUACUUCAUGAGUCUUUGAUGCUCGUGACAUCCUUGAACCCUAAAAUCGGGUACGAUAACGCUGCAGCUGUUGCUAAAACAGCCCACAAAGAGGGUUGUACAUUGAAGGAAGCUGCAUUGAAACUUGGAGUGCUUUCCAGUGAAGAAUUUGAUACUCUUGUUGUGCCCGAGAAGAUGAUUGGUCCCUCAGACUGACCGGCUUAUGGAGAUCCGAAGCUGUUAUUUAUCAAUUUCCCUGAUUUCAGCAACAAUCGCUGUAAUUGUCAUUUUCGGAUGGAUUUUUCUCUGCGAGUUGGAUGAGGAGAUUCUGACUCUAAAGCACUGUUAUUAUAAGUUUGAUAGAACAAUUAUCUUGGAGGUUUUAGCCAUGAUUGAUUUUGGUCCGGUUGAUAAGUGAUUGUGUCAAUAAAAUAAAAGCCUCCCCAAUUUUUAGCCGGACAAUGUAUUCGGGAAUUUACUCGCCAGAAAUAAGAAGAUGUGGAUGGCCCUUUUGUUUUCUCUCUUAUUUUCGUUUACUUAUUUUGGAAUAAAGAUGUAUGGAAAUUGAGUGCGAAAUGCUCAGGUAUUGAAUGAAUUGUUUCUCGCACAUUGUAAUUUAUGAUUUUGUCCUAUGCAGGCAGCAAAAUUUAGAGGCAAGCUUGAAUUUAUUAGAUAU